AUGUGUGCAGCCUAUCAACCCCAGUCAUUCUUACGAGGGUUUCAAACUAACUCCUUCUUCAGGGCGCGCAAAUUUGUACUGUAUGGAGAUUAUGUCUCCCCAUAUACAAUUACCGCCGCGCAUGCAUUGCUCGAGAAAGGUCUCAGCUGGGAAUACAGACAUAUUGACAUUCUCAAAUUCGAGACCCGGACUCCUCAACAUCGUAAACUGCACCCUUUUGGCAAAGUUCCAAUUCUAGAUGUGCUGGAUAGCCGAGGAGAAACACUUCUUCGAAUCUGUGAGAGCCGCGCCAUUGCCCGUUAUGUUGCUAUCGCAUAUUCCAACCAAGCGAAUUCCUUGAUGCCAGAUAUCGGCGAUGUAGAUGCCAUGGCUUCAUUUGAAGAGGCCGCGUCAAUGGAAGUAUGCUAUUUCUCCACUACGGCGUGGAAAUAUUGCGGCGAUAUCAUCAUCAAACCAAUAUUGGGCAUACCUAGAGCAGACGAAAAGACACUGCAAGAUAUUUGGAGUGAGUUACAUGGCGCGCUCAAGGCUAUGGACGGGAUUUUGUCUGGUGUCAAGUAUCUUGCUGGCGCAGACUUCACGCUCGUCGACAUCUGGUCGAUGCCUUGGGUGUCACAGCUCAUUGAUUUGAAGGGAGCUGACGUACUCUUUUCUGAGUUGCCAUAUCUACGAGACUGGUGGGAGAGAAUUGAGAGUACCAUGUCGCUGCCGAUCGUUUCCAGCAAAGAUGCGCCAGAUACCCAACGUAUCACUCGAAGCGUGCGCCGAAAGCGCAACGAGUACACUCUCAUCGCAUGUAUGCUGUGCAAGUCUCGAAAGGUCAAGUGUGACGGCCAGUGGCCCUGUCAGAGAUGUACUAAGCGUGGCGUGGAGUGUUCCUACCCGCGUCGUACCAACAUACCCAGUAUGAGCCCAAUUGCUGCAGAAAUGAGCUUACGAACGGAAUACUCUCCGUCGACUGAAGAUGGAGCCACGCCCCGCAUAUCGGCGACUUCCGGCAACAUUACGUUGAGUGAAGCAGGCCGCCACUCCCCUCACACCAGUAAUAGUCUAGACAACUCUCUUCAAAAUCCUCGAUGUACCGACAGAUCGCCCGCAGCUCGCCGUUCAAGCUUUGUUGAUACUUUCAACUUGGCGAAAUCCUGUCUCGAAGCCAAUGGCAUAGUAGGACCUACAGAGAAGGAUAACCGAAGCACGGAGAGCGUCUUGUCCUCAGCCUUGCACCGAACUCUUGUCCCAAAUUUUGAAGACUGCGUGGAAUCGGUUAUCGAACUCGGUUAUGAGAAGGCUAGAAAGCUAUUCUCUACUUUUGCAGAAACCAUCUACCCGAUUUACCCUUGUCUUGAUCUUCAUUCAACGGACUGGAUCUUGGAUACAGUCUUUGGACGUUCCACCAACCACAAGUCACAGCCUCCGUCCAUUAGCCUGACCAAGAUCGAUAUUCUCAAAGCUCUAUUAGGCCUUACUCUCCUUGUAGAGGAUAAUAGCACAAGCCCUCUAGCACGUCACCUCCAGCGAUACGUCGAUUGGUCAGUGGAGAAGGUCAUUAUCGGGAACAGCCCAGAUACUGACGAUGUUGUCAUGGCUACUUUAAUGGGCUUGUAUUUCUUCCACAAAUCGGAACAUAUGAAGGCGUGGCGGCUCAUCAGCUUGGCCUCGAGGACAUGCUUUGAACUUGGCCUUCACCAAGCAUCAAACGGGAUUGAGAACAAUACAGGAGUCCCUGACUCGCUUUCUGCCAAAGAGCUAUUCUGCUGUGUAUACGUACUAGACCGGACGUUUUCUUUUGCAACGGACCUUCCUCAUACCACGAAGGACGAAGACAUAGAUGAGAAGUGCUUUGAUCUUGGAAUAUCGGCGCCGUUUUUAAUCGUAACCAUGGAAUAUACUCGCCUCAAUUCAGAGAUAUUGGGCUUGCUCAAGCCUUCGACCAAGAGCGCUGCCGAAAGUCGACAGCAUAAAGAGUAUCUCGAUUACAAAGUGCAACGCCUCCGAGAUCAAUUACGAGACCUCACAGCAGCUGCCCGGUCUUCAAUUUCACUUAACAACCAUUGGAAUCCUCUCCAAAACGACGUGCUUAUGAAUGACCUAGAAAUCUUCUUGGAGGUACGGAUCAACCAUGCUCGAAUACUACUACGAAAGCCCCUCCUUCACUCAUACAAAGGCGAUCGAGAGAAAUUGGCAGCAGCCGCGGUCUGCAUCCAGUGCGCCAAAGAUACCAUCUUUCUCUGUUCUAGUGUCAUUAACAAGGCGGUCCCGUUAAAAUGCCUUCGAAGCUCGUACGAGUACUUCACCGUCUCAUCACUAGCUAUAAUCCUGCUUGUUGUUUCUCAAGACCCAGAAACCUAUGGGCCGGAAUGCAGAGAUGCCUUCCAAGAGGCCAUUAGAAUACUCCAGGUUUCCAAGUGUCGACACUUCGCAGCUCAGAAUUUGUGCUUUACAUUUGAGCAACUCAUCCGAAUAGGAGAGCGCCUCAACAUGCCCAAAGAUGACAACAUGCCGUUGCUACAAGAACUGGGUGAUAUGGAUAUGGGACAGCUCCUAGCAGAUCCCCAAUUUGCAGGAGCAGACGACGUGCAAACUCUGGAUGACAGUAUAUUCGGUCUAUUCGGGAUGAACAGAAACUGGCCAGCCAAUAACAGCUAUAUCUGA